UUGGAUGGCUGGUGCUCAUGCGCCGACUUCACCUUCUCGGACGGCGGGACUUCUCGCGGCCAGAAGGCGGAGUGCGCUAUCUACAGGGCGCCCUGGUGCGACCCUGGUAUUUGCAACACUUCCGACUCGAUGAUCGACAUCUUCGUGAAGCGUCUACCGGCGGUCGGCGUCAACGCCGCUAAGGCAACCAACGUGUGGCUGGUGCCAGGUGGACCGGGGCAACCUUCAUCGGACGGUUAG